AUGAACCCGGCAGUCACUAACCUUAUGGUUUCCCUCGGUGCUAUGCAGGUGGCCCGAAGGAUUCCAUUUGACGACCCAGAGGUCCUCCACUACGUUCGCCUGGGAUACAUUGCGGCACAACUUAUCUGUCUGGCUACAUUCUACGUGGUUUCAUACAGGAUUAAGGCCAAGAACGACCAAACUGUGCUCAAAUAUGUUGAGCCCAAGAGUCCCAUGUCUCCUGAAUCUGGAGGACUCGUGACUACCACUGUCCGGGAUUACGACUUGGCGGAGACCUCUAAACUGGUCGUGGCGUUUACAUGGCCGCUCUUCAUUCAGGGUCUGAUGGGUCUCAAAAACUUGAUCGAGGCGAAGCCAGUUGCCAUCCAUAUCUUUGGCAGACCUGCUACUGGUAACUUGAAGCGGCCAUUCAAGGCUCCGGGUGGUUUGUUCGGCGCCGGCGAACCUCAAACUGAUGCUGCCUCUAUCAAAGAGGCCGAAAAGAUUGCCGCCAAGAAGGACGAGUGA